AUGACGGGAGGCGAAUACGUCCCUUUCAACGCAUUUAGCUUCGCAUACUUUGUCAUCCAUGACGGUUCGCGGAUCGAUUUAGAAGACGAUCAUAUUGCACUAGAUAAAGAUCCUGAAAAGAGCAAUUACCAGUAUCUAAACAGGUUUGAACCAGUAAUCCCAUUGCUCGGCUCGCUUGAUGGGAGAUUCAGCACGUGCCAUUGGGAUCCGUCAAGGAGUGGCAACAGGGACUUCAACUCUACGUACUGUGAGUUGCAGCGCAACGUAUCUAGGUAUGCUGCAGAAUACGGCUUCAACAGAGGAGACAAGAUAAAUUCUACCUUUGGAGGACAACUUCUGCCGCCGCCUACACUCAACAUCUCAGCGCCAUCUCUGGUUAGGACCACGAAGUAUGAAGAUGAAGAUUAUGAUUCUUACGAAGACCGAUUAUUUAGAGUCACUAAUGACCCAUCGCAAAUGCUAUGGGCAUACGAUAACAAGACAUACGAUUUCAAUUACCUACAAGGGAAUGGGAAGUGUCAGGCUGCGCUGGACUACAAAUGGGGAUUCUCAUACAUCCAACUAUUCAUUAUGGUAAUCUUCCACAUAGUUUGGACUCUUGGACUCUUAACCAUGUGGAUCAGAGCCUGCAUGGUUAUGAAGAAACGAGGGCGAGGCAGAGAAGACGUGGCAGGAGAAAAUAAGGCUGUUUUCGAACUUGCAGCCGCGAUGCGAGAGCAGAUGAAUGAGCCUACAAAAGAAGAGGGCGACGAUGUGUCUGCUUUGACCGAAGCAAAGCUGCGACGACGCAUUAAAAACAAUCUACGCGGGGGGUCCAUCUCAUACAACACUCCAAUACUUCCGAACGGGGAAGGCGGCGAGAAGUGGAAUGCCAUAGCUUGGAUAAAGAGCCACAAGCUGAGCAUCAUUGCGAUGAUCGUAUGCCUUGUGGCGAUGAUGAUCAAUUUGUUUGUUUGGGUACCAGACGAUACCGGUACCGUCGCCCUUCUCCCAUUACCCACCGUGUUGAUCGCCGCUUUGUACAUCGGGUCAACCAGGGGAAGUCGCAUCGUCUUGUUUGUCUGGAUCUUCAUCCUUGUCGUCAUUCCGACGCAGAUUACCGUAUCUAUAGCUACAUAUUAA